AUGUUCCGUUUGCCCGUAACUCUAGCCCGCUCAAACAUUGCCCGCCAAUUGGCUGUUCGCGGCUAUGCUAAAGAUGUCAAAUUCGGCCCUGAAGUCCGUGCCUUGAUGUUGCAAGGUGUGGAUGUUCUUGCCGACGCUGUCGCCGUUACAAUGGGUCCCAAGGGCCGCAAUGUCAUCAUUGAGCAAUCCUGGGGUUCUCCCAAGAUCACCAAGGAUGGUGUCACCGUUGCAAAAUCGAUUGAAUUGAAAGACAAAUUCCAAAACAUUGGUGCUAAAUUGGUACAGGAUGUUGCCAACAACACAAAUGAAGAAGCUGGUGAUGGUACCACCACUGCCACAGUUUUGGCUCGUGCUAUUGCCAAGGAAGGUUUCGAGAAGAUCUCCAAGGGUGCCAACCCCGUUGAAAUCCGUCGUGGUGUUAUGAUGGCCGUUGAAACUGUCAAGGAUAACUUGAAGGCCAUGUCUCGUCCAGUCAGCACACCCGAAGAAAUUGCCCAAGUCGCUACCAUCUCUGCUAACGGUGACAAAGCUAUUGGUAAUUUGAUCAGCGAGGCCAUGAAGAAGGUUGGUCGCGAUGGUGUCAUCACUGUCAAGGAUGGCAAGACCUUGACCGAUGAAUUGGAAGUCAUCGAAGGUAUGAAGUUCGACAGAGGUUACAUUUCACCCUACUUCAUCAACUCAUCUAAGGGAGCUAAAGUUGAAUUCCAAGAUGCCUUGGUUUUGUUGUCCGAAAAGAAAAUCUCAUCUGUCCAAAGCAUUAUCCCCGCCCUCGAAUUGGCCAACCAACAACGCAAACCAUUGGUUAUCAUUGCUGAAGACAUUGACGGUGAAGCCUUGAGCACAUUGGUUGUUAACCGCUUGAAGAUCGGUCUCCAAGUAGCUGCUGUCAAGGCCCCUGGCUUUGGUGACAACAGAAAAUCCACCCUCACCGAUAUGGCCAUUGCCUCCGGCGGUAUUGUCUUCGGUGAUGACGCCAACUUGGUUAAAUUGGAAGAUGUCACCAUUGCUGAUUUGGGCAAGGUUGGCGAAGUGGUAAUCACUAAGGAUGACACCUUGUUGUUGAAGGGUAAGGGCAAGAAGGAAGACGUCGACCGCCGUGUCGAACAAAUCAAGGAUCAAAUUGCCGAAACUACUUCAGAAUACGAGAAAGAAAAAUUGCAAGAACGUUUGGCUCGUUUGGCCUCCGGUGUCGCCUUGUUGCGCGUUGGUGGUUCCAGCGAAGUUGAAGUCAACGAGAAGAAGGACCGUGUACAUGAUGCCUUGAACGCUACCAGAGCCGCUGUUGAAGAAGGUAUUGUUCCCGGUGGUGGCACUGCUCUCUUGCGUUGCAUUGCCAAAUUGGAAGGCCUUAAGGGACAAAACGAAGAUCAAAACAUGGGCAUUCAAAUCGUCCGCAGCGCCUUGCGUAUGCCAUGCAUGACAAUUGCCAAGAAUGCUGGUGUAGAUGCUGCUAUGGUUGUCGCUAAGGUAGAAAGCCAAGAAGGUGACUUUGGUUAUGACGCCUUGAAGGGUGAAUAUGGUAACUUGAUUGAGAAGGGUAUCAUCGAUCCAACAAAGGUUGUGCGUACCGCCAUCACAGAUGCCUCUGGUGUAGCUUCCCUUUUGACCACCGCUGAAGCUGUUGUCACUGAAUUGCCCAAAGAAGAUGCUCCUGCUGGUAUGGGCGGCAUGGGUGGUAUGGGCGGUAUGGGAGGCAUGGGCGGUAUGGGUGGUAUGAUGUAA